AUGGAUACCUGCGAAUUAGAGACAUCUGCCUGGCACUUCCUGGCUGUAGAAAUGCCAUUUUUCCUGCUACGCAGAGAAGAACAAGAAGCAUUCUUCAAUCUCCUAGAAGAUGGCUUGGUACAAAACUUCCUAUCCAUGGACACGUGUUACAGAAUCUCAGAUAAGUAUCUUAUCGCCAUGACUAUGAUGUACUUUAAACGAGCCGGCCUCCAUACCAAAGAAUAUACACGGAUCAAUCUCUUCAUAGCUCUGUACUUAGCCAAUGACAUGGAAGAAGACACAGAAGACUAUAAAUAUGAAAUCUUCCCCUGGGCCCUUGGCGAAAACUGGAGGAAGCUAUUUCCAGAUUUCUUAAAAAUGAGAGAUGGCUUUUGGGCUAAAAUGAAGUACAGGGCGUUCGUUAGCCGGAGAUGUUGUGAUGAGAUAAUGCUGAGAGACCCCUCACACUGGGCCUGGUCCCGUGAACGAGCGUCUCACCACAGCGGGGCGCUGAGGAGUUACCUGAAGAAUGAAAACGACUUCUUCCCCAGAGGGCCUGGCGCUACACCCCCCAUGUGCCUUCUCUGCGUUUGGGACGUGGAAGAAAAGGAGGCUCAGAUCAGCCCCCCUGCCAAUGACCUCUUGUCCUCGGAAGCGUUGAACGGAGAUUUGGAAAGCUGUCCUUUCCUAAUGUUGGAUUCGGAGACUAACUACACCAUGAUGCAAAAAAUCUAA